AUGUCCAGGAAAAUGGGAGCUUCGACUCCCUCAUACUACCCGUCCGAAGCCGAUUUUGUAGUCAAGACGCCCCAGAAACCUGUCAACGCCUGUAAGCCUCGUCACCAUUCCGAUCAAAUACAAUACAUCAGCCUGAUCGGACUGAUGCAAAUAGUUACCGGAUGUCUGAUGGUCGUUUUUGGCGUGCUAUCGAUGUUACACGAGGCGUCCUUAUCCAGUGUGGGCGCCGGCCUUUGGAGCGGUGCGAUGGCCAUGGGCAACGGAGUAGUUGGACUGAUGGCCAGCUUAAACGGAUGUCUUUCGCCAGAUAGGACACUGUCUCCGCUGUCCGUUACAAUUUAUCUGGCUCUGUGUUUAGUGUCCGUGGGUGUCAGUAAUCUGGCCAUCAUACUUACAGCUAUUGGACUGUUGAAGGACUCGCAGAAGCCAUAUUACAUCAUUCCAAAAGACAAGACACAUUACAAAACGUUGACAGCGGAUCAGUUACAGACAAAUUGGGCUCCCGUGUUGGCGAAUUUAGGUUUACUGCUGGCUACGUCCGUACAAUGUCUGACCACAAUGUUGGCCGCAUUCCGUUUCUACCGACUAGUUAGGUUGAUUGUGGCAGGUGAACAACAAACUUCGUGGUCGAAUUCAAGACACAGGAGUUCAUCUUGUUGCAGUUCAAGCGUCGGAAGCAAACAGAAACUUGUACAAAAGUGGUUGGUGCAACAAACCCCAUCUCAGCUGGACCGACCUCGUCAACAGACAAACUAUCCUAGGCAGGUCUACGACAAUAAAAUGGGUGUGUACGACGAAACGAGAACCUUGCCCAAGUGGAAAAGUCACAGAACGGCGUCAAAACUGAAACCGGCACGACCGGACAGAAGGGAGAGGAGACCGUCAAACGAUGCCGCGGAUGUGCACAGGGCAUACACAGGCAUGGACAGAGAAAUUGUCGAAGAGUUCAUUUCCGUCACUAUGGACCCAAAACACUAUAGCUGA